CCCAGCGUUGCGAUGCUGCCUCCCCGGCGUGGAGGCCCGGGAUCCCCGCGUCUGCUGCUCCCCUGGCUGCUCCUCCCCGCGCUCUGGGCGGCCGGGCGCGGGCAGCUGCGCUACGCGGUCCCCGAGGAGGCCCAGCACGGCACGUUCGUGGGCCGCCUCGCGCAGGACCUGGGGCUGGAGCUGGCGGAGCUGGUGCCGCGCCUGUUCCGGGUGGCGUCCAAGGAGCGCGGGGAGCUGCUGGAGGUGAACGUGCAGAAUGGCAUUUUGUUUGUGAACGCGCGGGUGGACCGGGAGGAGCUGUGCGGGCGGAGCGCGGAGUGCAGCCUCCACCUGGAGGUGAUCGUGGACAGGCCGCUGCGGGUGUUCCACGUGGAGGUGGAGGUCGAGGACAUCAACGACAACCCGCCCGUGUUCCGGAGCAGAGAACAAAGGAUCUUCAUUCCCGAGAACAGACAAGUCGGUUCCCGAUUCCCCCUAGAGGGCGCGGCGGACGCGGACCGCGGGGCCAACGCGCUCCUCACCUACACCCUGAGCCCCAGCGAUUGCUUUGCUUUGGACGUGCGGGCAAGUGAUGAGCUGAGCCAAUCUCUUUCGCUCGAACUGAGGAAACCUUUGGAUAGAGAAGAAACCCCAGAACUUCAUUUAUUGUUGACAGCUACCGACGGGGGUAAACCAGGACUGGAAGGCCGAGCUCAGCUGCUCGUCACUGUCCUCGACGUGAAUGACAAUGCCCCGGUAUUUGAGCAGGACGUGUACAGAGUUCACUUACUAGAGACCACAGCCAAUGGAACCCUGGUGGCCCGGCUGAACGCCUCUGACGCCGACGAGGGUCUCAACGGCGAGGUGGUUUUCUCCUUGGGCAGUGACGUUGCUCCUAACACUCGAGAAAAGUUCAACAUCGAUUCCAGCUCAGGAGAAAUUAGAGUCAUUGGAAAUCUGGAUUAUGAAGAAGAGAAAUCCUAUGAAAUUCAAGUGCGGGCAGUCGAUAAAGGAAGUCCCCCGAUGUCAAACCACUGCAAAGUUCUGGUGAAAGUGCUGGACGUGAAUGAUAAUGCGCCAGAACUGGCCAUCACGUCGCUGUCCUUGCCCAUCAGGGAGGAUGCGCCCGUGGGCACCGUGAUCGCCCUGGUGAGCGUGUCCGACCGCGACGCCGGGGCCAACGGGCAGGUGAGCUGCUCGCUGCCGCCACACCUGCCCUUCAAGCUGGCGUCCACCUUCAGGAACUACUACUCCCUGGUGCUGGACAGCGCCCUGGACCGCGAGGCCACCGCGGGCUACCAGGUGGUGGUGACGGCGCGGGACGGGGGCUCGCCCCCGCGGUGGGCCACGGCCAGCGUGUGGGUGGAGGUGGCCGACGUGAACGACAACGCGCCCGUGUUCGCGCAGGCCGAGUACACGGUGUCGGUGCGCGAGAACAACGCGCCCGGCGCGCACAUCUGCACGGUGAGCGCGCGGGACGCGGACGCGCAGGAGAACGCGCGCGUGUCCUACGCGCUGGUGGAGCGGCGCGUGGGCGAGCGCGCGCUGUCGAGCCUCGUGUCGGUGCACGCGCAGAGCGGCCGCGUGCACGCGCUGCAGCCGCUGGACCACGAGGAGCUGGCGCUGCUGCAGUUCCAGGUGAGCGCGCGCGACGCCGGCGCGCCUGCGCGGGGCAGCAACGCCAGCCUGCAGCUGUUCGUGCUGGACGAGAACGACAACGCGCCGGCGCUGCUGGGGCCGGCCGGGGGCGGGGCGCGGAGCCACGCGCUGGCGCGCUCGGCGGGCGCGGGCCACGUGCUGACCAAGGUGCGCGCGCUGGACGCGGACUCGGGCUACAACGCGUGGCUGGCGUACGAGCUGCAGCCGGCGGCGGCCGGGGCGCGCAGCCCGUUCCGCGUGGGGCUGUACACGGGCGAGGUCAGCACCACGCGCGCCCUGGACGAGGCGGACGCGCCGAGGCAGCGCCUGGUGGUGCUGGUGCGGGACCACGGCGAGCCCGCGCUCACGGCCACGGCCACGCUGCUGGUGUCGCUGGUGGACGGCGCUCCGUCGCCGAAGCUGUCUGCGCGCGCGUCGGCGGGCCGCGUGGGCGCGGAGGCGUCGCCGCUGGACGUGAACGCGUCGCUGAUGGUGGCCAUCUGCGCGGUGUCCGGCCUGCUGGUGCUGACGCUGCUGCUGUGGGGGGCGCUGCGGUGCUGCGGGGCGGCGCGGAGCGAGGGCGCGUGCGCGCCGGGGAAGCCGGUGCUGGUGUGCUCCAGCGCGGUGGGGAGCUGGUCCUCGUGCCGGCAGAGGAGGCCCGGGCUGUGCUCCGCCGAGGGCCCGCCCAAGGCCGACCUCAUGGCCUUCAGCCCCGGCCUGUCUCCAAGUGCGAACUUACCAGAAAGGAGUGAUCAUUCGGAUCCUUCAGGUCAUGUAAGUCUAACUUUAAACCUUUGCCUUUAA